AUGAGGUUUAACCUACUGAAACUUCUUGCUUUCAUGUGGUUGUGGUUGCGGUGGAGUACUUAUAUUCAUGUUCAAGCAGCAGAUGACAGUUUAAAGCACGGCAACUUCGUGCUUCAACAACUUCACCCUAAUGGGACUAACACUCUCUUGUGGCAGAGUUUUGAUUAUCCCACCUACACUUUGAUCCCCACCAGGAAGUUAGGUGUUAAUCAUAAAACAGGCCAUCAUUGGUUACUGGUUUCAAAGUUGACCGAAGUGCUUGCGACUUCAGGUGCCUUUAGUCUUGAAUGGGAACCGAAGGGACAAGAACUGAUCAUGAAGAAACGAGGAAAAGUUUGUUGGCGAAGCGGGGAAUUGAGGAACAAUAGAUUUGAGCACAUUCCGGAGGAUGCACAACGCGUGUUGAAGUACAGCAUAGUGUCUAAUGAGGAUGAAGACUCCUUCUCCUUCACAUCUACUAAUGAAAAUCAUACACGUGAUGGAGGGUGCCAAAGAUGGCAGGAGAUACCUAAGUGCAGGAAUCCUGGUGAUGUGUUUACCAAAAAGAUUCUUUACCCCAAUUAUGAGGAUGUAAUAGUUGAUGAAAAUGAAAAUAUUAGUCACAGUGAUUGUGAGGCCAGUUGCAUUGGAUUCCGAGUAUUCAAUUCUGAUGGAACUGGAUGUCUAUUAUAUCAUUGGAAUUCAUCAGAAAAUUAUACUAUUGGCACCACUGUUUCUGGUCUAGACAUUUACUUAGUGGAGAACACACGGAACAUAACACCGCAUCAUCACGGUAGGUCAAAUGCCAACUUCCUCGUGCUUUUUUUUUAUUAG